AUGUCUCUCAGAUCAAGGCCAUUGAAUUUCCAGCAUUUUCAAGUCUCUUUCCCGCAUGACAAAAUCGUUCAGGUCACUUUGAACAGACCAGAGAAACUGAACAGCAUCAACAAAGCCACGAGCCGCGAAAUACAAGGGAUAUGGGAGCUCUUCGACCAAGAUGAAAGUUUAUGGGUCGGAAUCAUCACAGGCGUUGGCAGAGCUUUCUGUACUGGAGCAGAUUUACAAGGUAUGUUCGGAUGCCCGGUAAGGCUCUACAACAACAAACUUUACCUGAGACUGCAACUGACAAGAAUAUGUCCUUGGUCAGAAUGGAACGAGAUGAACAAAGCUGGUGUGGUCAACGACAUGUCUGCUCCUGGUCUCGCUGGGCUGCCCCGUCGAGUUGGUAAAAAGCCGAUCAUCGCGGCAGUGAACGGUCUGUGCAUGGGAGGCGGCUUUGAGAUGGUGGCCAACUGCGACCUCGUCAUAGCUUGCUCCUCGGCCAUUUUUUCCCUGCCAGAAGUGAAGCGUGGGAUCGUCCCUGUGGCAGGCUGUCUACCACGACUGGCACGUACACUGGGGCUGCAGCGUACAACCGAUCUCGUUCUGACUGGCAGAAACGUGGAGGCCAAGGAGCUUCAUUACUGGGGCCUGGUUAGUCGGCUGGUGGAAUCUGCCUCUGAAGUUGUCCCCGUGGCAAUUCAAGUCGCCAAGGACAUGUGUAGGAACAGUCCGGAUGCGUUGAUUGUCGGCCGGCUAGGUAUUCGGCAGAGCUGGGAAACUGGUAGCGUGGAGGAAGCGGUCUCGAUUCUUGCUGAUCAAUGGUACCCUCGCCUAAUGGCUGGACCCAAUUUCUCGGAGGGGAUUCAGGCGUUUGUGGAAAAACGAUCACCGGACUGGGUAGAUUCGAAGUUGUGA